UUCAAUGGACUUCAAAAAAAAAAAAAAAAAAAGUCCAGACUGAACUGUCAUACAUGGAAGAAAUAAAUAAUAUUCCCUAAUAAAAGAUAUGUACAGAUACACUUGGAAUUCAUUUAUAUUUCAUCGGAUUUGUGUAUGCUGUGACAAUUAAAAUCCUGGAGCCCAUCUAUGGUGGAAAAAAAAUGAGUACUUGAUGCUGCGACAUCCUAGCAGUGCUGCAAGUACCAAGCAGGUUAUAAGCACCAAACUAUUAUUUCUUUCUGUGUCUCCCAAGUGAGCUAUACUGGGUGAUUUACCAGGGACCUCUGGUGACCUUCACUUGUAUCCUUCACAUGUAACUAUACUGAUAAAACCAAGAAAAGUUUAGAUUUUAUCAAAUCAACAUCAGUUCUUGUAGGACUGAGUCUAUCGCGUGAGAAAAUGUGUCCAGCUUUCCCCAGCCAUCGGCCAGUGUGCGUGGCGCCCGUUAACAGAAGCCACACCGCAUCCCGUCUUGUCCUUGCACAAACUGCGGUUUCUCCCACGUGCAGUUCAAGUGCUGAAGUUCUCCUGACCGUGGACGCGAAGGUCCAGGUUCUGCAGGUGACCUUUGCCAGGGCCCAUCUGGACUCCAGUUGGCUUUAAAUAAUGCUGUCACCACAGCUCUUCCACAAGAUCUUUGGAGCGGCGUUUUUCUUGCUCGCCUGCUGUGCUCAAGAUUUCCCAUCACUUGCUGGUAAUGGAAUGGAAGACAUUAUCCUUCAAUUAGACUAUCAAAUUUCCAGACUUGAAGGAGUCCUCCGUUUGGAAGGAAAGAUAACAGAAUCUGGAGGAAAAAUAUUUGCUACCAGUGGGAAAACUGCUGACUUCUAUACUACCGUGCAAAAAUGCGAAGAGGCUGGGGGGUCCAUCGCCACCCCGCGGAACCAGGGCGAGAACGCCGCCAUCCAGUUCUUCGUGAAACAGUUCAAGAAGUACGCCUACCUGGGGAUAAAGGAGUCUCUACUGCCAGGCAAAUUCUGUUCCCUCAGCGGUGCCGAACUGAAUUACACAAACUGGUAUUCAAAUGAACCUUCUGGCAAAGGGGAAGAGGAGUGUGUGGAGAUGUACACCGACGGCACUUGGAACGACAAGAAGUGCCAACAGAAUCGCCUUACUGUCUGCCAGUUUUAGUGCUUCCUCCUCGCGCUCGUUCCCCGGGCCUGGCAGGAUCCCGGGAAUGCUCACUCUUUCCUAUCCCUUUUCUCUUUGUAGCUAGUGAAUUCUCAUAAAUGCAGCAUGAAAAAUAAAAGUCGCUCUUGGCCAUCCAGACUUGGCUUUUAAACAAAUGCCAACCGCAGAGAGGAGAUUACUUAUAACAAACAAAAGCAGUGCCCGUUUUACGGGGUUUGCGUUGGUUCUCCUGUGCCAGCACAGAAAGCUCAAGGUCUGUGGGAGAGACCAAAUAGGAGUAAAGACGAUCCAGUGCCCAAGUGGUUUGGAAAGAUGAGUACAGUCAGGGUGAGGUCAAUAUUUUUUUCUACUAGAUUCUACUAGAUUCAGAUACUCACUGCUAAUCUGCAGGCACCACUAGCAUUUUCAGAGCUGCUCUGUAAGACCCAAUUAGGAUUCCCAUGCAGCUAAGCUCACCAGUGUUUCUGAAGCACGUGAUAUUCUGCGUUCGUUACAGAAGCUGCUCAAAACCUGCCGCCUCCAGUUUGGGCUGACGGACUGUUUACAACAAAGUGAACAGUUUUGUCACUGGGGUGCAGUGCUCCUGAAGCUGAGUGUCCCGGAGGUUAGAUGCACAGCUGUGCUACACAACAGGCACAUCCAGAGACGUCAACGUAUUUUUUUUCCCUCCUUCCUCUUGAGCAGUUCCCUUCUUUGACAGUAAGGGCUCUGCAUAUGCUCUGUGAGGGUGUGAUAUAAAAAGCUGAUUCAGUCCCCAGGCAUGCCUCCCUUGCACAUAAGCUGAGCCGAAUGCAAUCAGCUGUACUCACAUGAGCGUUGUCAGCUCCAGCAUGGCCAGAGAGCUGAGCAAGAGAAAAACAAGCUCGAGAGUCAGACCAGCAGCUUUUGCCCUCCCUUGGUCAGAGAGGCAGGAGGGUCAGCAUAUAAAAGUAACUGGGGGGUGGAGGGGAAAGGAAGGUGAGCUCACGGCCGGCACAAACACAGCAGCCGUGGAAGGGGCCUGCUUGGAGCAAGACGCUUCAAGAUGUGUAGCUGUGCACCUCACUAUGACUCUGAAGCAACAGCUGGUUGUGUGCUACAUUCCUGAGCUGGCUUAAAUUCAGAUGGUCAAAUAUUUUCAGUAUACAUUCUCAUCACCUGUUCUGUGGUAAGGCAUAGGUCUUCCUGGCCUGAGUUCAGCCCUCUGAUUGAUGUCAUAGCCUGUAAA